ACCCUAUCAGUCUCCUAUAAAAGAGGGAGCUCUGCACUCUGUGUACUCAGUUUGAAACGAGCAUUCGGGUAAAAAACACACCAUGAAAGUGAUCAUUGUGUUUAGCCUUAUUCUGUCUGUGGCCUUCGCUGGCCAACGGAUACCCGGUGCCCCAAGGACCCUUGAAGGAGAUGAGCUGAAUGAGGCCAAGAAGCUUUUGACCACCACAUUCGCUGGUCUGCCUGCAGGCGAUGGUCCCACUUAUCAGGUUGGCAACGUGGUCUCUGUGACUCGUCAAGUAGUAGCUGGCACUAAAUAUAAAUAUGUUGUGGACGUUUCCGAUGGAUCCGUCACUGAGGAGUGCACUGUCACUAUCUGGCAACAGCCUUGGCUGCAAAAGAAUGGUAACAACGUCAAGAUCGAGUGCAAGGAUGUCGUCAAGCUUAAUCACACCUGGUAGAUUACAGUGACUGAUUUUUGUUUGCGCCUCGAAUAAAAAGUGAUUUUAAAAAGUAA